GGUUGCAUUGAGCGGGAUCCCUAUCAUUUUCCUUUCAUCCCUAACCAAGUCAACACCAUCCAUGGUCUGGGUUCAGAUCAGUGUGGGUAGUGAAGCAAAACCAUGUCUUGGAUAGCCAGGUCGAUCGCCAACUCCCUCAAACUCGACGACGGCGACGACAACACCACCACCAAUGCCUCGGAUCCAAACUCUCCACCGAAGCAGAAGCCGGACUCUCCCUCUUCACCAUCUACUCCAUCCUCACGUGGCGUUAAAGAGGACCUCUCCGAGCUCACCAAAACCGUAUCCCGCCAACUCUGGGGCGUCGCCUCCUUCCUUGCCCCUCCUCCUCAACCUUCCGAUCACAAGACCUCCGAAGAGGACAUGAUCUCCGGAAUCCGCAGCGAUUUCGCCGAGAUCAGCGGGAAAUUUAAGACCGGCAUCUCAAAGCUAUCGACCAACAAAACGGUGUCGGAGAUCACCAAAAUAGCUUCCAGUUUUCUCCUGCUUGGAUCGGAGGAGGAGAUCGGCGAUGCUGUCGGUGUAACCGAAGAGGUGCUGGCCUUCGCAAGAAACGUCUCGAUGCAUCCAGAAACUUGGCUGGAUUUUCCUCUCCUUGACUACGAAGAUUCCGAUGAAUUUGAAAUGUCUGAUUCCCAACAAGAACAUGCUUUGGCUAUUGAACGGCUUGCACCGAGCUUGGCUGCUCUCAGGAUUGAACUUUGCCCAGGAUAUAUGAGUGAGGCUUGCUUCUGGAUGAUUUAUUUUGUGCUGUUGCAUCCGAGACUCGGUAAACAUGACGCAGAACUUCUGUCAACACCAAAAAUAGUGGAAGCCAGAACAAUGUUGAUACAUGAUUUGCAAAGCCGAAAUAAGGCAAAGCAAGAACCUGAAUAUUUGGGAAGAGACGUGAACACUACUGACUUAACACAUGAAGAGCAUCUCUCGGUGCGGCUUAGUGCAUCAGAAUCAGCCCCUCUCGAGACGUCAGCUGUUGAACUUGCCUCUUCUUCAGUGCCAGCUGACAUUGAGAUGGAGAAGCACCCAGUCCAAAGUACGGAACUUGAGAUUGUUGACAAACCUGUUGUUAAGGAUGAACCAGUGGAUCAAACCAUGAACCAACAUUCACUGCCUGGUUCCUCCUCUAGGGUCUUAGAUGAUAAAUUUGAGGAUGAUGGUGAUGAUUGGUUGAAAGAGGAAAGUUCAGAAAUGGUUGGUGUAAGUGGAACUACCUUCCCUAUUGGGAAUGAUGAGGAUGUAUCAUUUAGCGAUCUUGAGGAGGAGGAUGGAGAUGUGCCCAUACAUUACACGAAAGCCACAACUGCUUCUGAUUCUUCAACAAAAGAAUCACGAGACUGGGUUCAGCUGAGCAGAAGCUCUGAUGACUCAGUUAAAGAUAUCAGCUCUGUUGAGAUAAAAAAUGCUGGAUCUGAGCAGUUAAGUGCUCGUAACCCUGAGUCAAAGGAACCUAAUGACUGGCUUAAUCUUGAUGACAUUGAUGUAAUUUGAAAAUGCCAUAAAAGGCUUGAACAGUAUAUGCUCUUUAGUUUCCAAAAUUGUGGUGAAUAUCAUCUAUGGUCAUAGAAGUCCAACUCUGGACUUGGAUACUGUUAAGUU